CCUGUGACCAUCAUCCCUCCUCCCUCUCACCAUCCGUCCACCAUGUCCACCCAGGCGCAUAGACUGUUUGUGGUGACUGUGCGGUCUGUGUGUUGCCACCCCCGGUACCUGUAACCCCAGGCUCCUGCUCCAGAGACGGGCCUUAAACCUGGACUCGGUGUCCUCCAACCCUGUCCGACCUCAGCCCCAAUAGGCUAGAACAGACCGAACAUCCCCCUCAGCCCUGACCCACAGGAACCUGACAAGUACAUCCCAUAUAAUAAUUAAUCCACGCAAACAACAGCAGACCAGUAGCUCCAGAACUGUGCUACUGCUAUUGGGUUUGUGUUGUUCAUGUGGACAAUGUCUUAUUGAUUUGACAUGACAACAACAUAGAAAUGAACAGUGUUAAAACACAGAUUCAGAUAAAAACACACAGGAAUAGAUCAGUGAAUGUUUUUGAAGGAAGGAGGAGAGAAAGGAGAUGGAGGAAGAGGGGAGAGAAAGUUCAUUGAAGUUGGGGUGAUGAAAUGGGGAGAGAGGAGGAUGUUUGUUAAGGUGUGUGUGUGUGUGUGUUGGGCCAGUGUCUUUUACUGUGAAUGUAUGAUUUCCUGGACCUGGGGGAGGUAGAGGAGAACGUUCAGGGUUGUAAGACCAUCAGACGUUUCAUCAUGGAGCUAGCCCUGGCCAGACUGGUCACACACCAUCUAGGACCUGACCUGGAGGACAGCAAGGCCGCUAUAUUUGAAUGUAACCCAGGUAUGUGGUGUGUGUCUCUUCUUUUUCUUCUGGGACUUGUGUGUUGUCAGUAACGAUGCUUAUUAGAAUGUGUGUGUCUCAGGCCCAGGGGUGCUGACGCGGACAUUGCUGAAUGCUGGAGCUCAGAUUGGUGACUCUCGAGGGCGACAUGUCCUUCCUACCUCACCUGCA